UCAGACAGUCAACUCUGUGGACAUCAUGAUGAAAGUGGUCCUAGUCCUGCUGUUUGCUGCCUGUGCUCACGGGUGCGGCACACCCACCUAUGAGCCCGCCGUGAGCCGCGUGGUGAAUGGGGAAGACGCUCGUCCCUACAGCUGGCCCUGGCAGAUCUCUCUGCAGUACCUCAGCGGCUCCACGUACCGACACACCUGUGGAGGAACUCUGCUCGCUCCCAACUGGGUCAUGACCGCUGGACACUGCAUUGGACCCCGUACCUACCGUGUGGUGCUGGGGGAGUAUGACCUCACCAAGGAGACGGGCGAUGAGCAGAUCAGAGCCGUGGAGAGGAUCGUAGUUCACCCUCGCUGGGACGAUAACUGCCUGUCUUGUGGUAAUGACGUUGCGAUGAUCAAACUGGCGUCCCCCGUCGUUCUGAACGACAAGGUGCAGCCUUCCUGCCUGCCAGUGAGCGGGGAGAUCCUGCCUCACAACUACCCCUGCUACAUCACCGGCUGGGGGAGACUCUACAGCGGUGGGCCCAUUGCCUCUAAGCUCCAGCAGGCUCUUCUUCCUGUGGUCGGCCACAGCGUCUGCAGCAGCAGCAGCUGGUGGGGGGGCACUGUGAAGACCACCAUGAUCUGCGGCGGCGGUGACAUCCGCUCUGGCUGCCACGGAGACUCAGGCGGUCCACUGAACUGCAGGGGCGGUGACGGCAAGUGGUACGUGCAGGGGGUGACCAGCUUCGUCUCCUCCCGAGGAUGCAACACCCUCAUGAAGCCCACGGUGUUCACUCGCACUUCUUCCUUCACCCAGUGGAUCAGUGACACUAUGCUGCAGUACUGAAGACCUGGAGCCUUCUGGCUGUCAAUAAAUCAAAUUCAUCAAUCACA